AAUAACCCUACCUUUUAUUUACAGAAAUCAAGUCGUGUGAAUUCUCUUUCUCGUCUUCUCAGUUGUCGAAUUUAGGGCAAAACACUCACUCACUCCUGCCUGCGCCGCUGCCUCGCAUCGAACGGAGAUUGUCCGCCGUUAAGUUGAAAGAUGAGUACGAAGGGCAAGGAUAUUGUAGUUGAUGCUGGGGAUGCAAAUUUUAAAUGGGAUAAUAAGAAUACGAAACUGUUUCUUGACAUGCUUACUGUGUGGAAGAAAAAAAAUGUUGGGUUGCUUAAGUGGGAGCCAAUUUCUGAAGAAUUUAAGAAAGUUGGUGGCUUCACUUCCACACCCUUGAAGUUGAAGACAAAACAUGACAAUAUGAAACAAAAUUGGCAGCAGUUCAAUAGGCUAAAGAAUUCAGAGACUGGAUUGAGAUUCAAUGCUGAGACAGGGAAGGAGAAUAUAAACUUAAAAAAAUUUCACUCAAUUGGAUUACCUUUGCGUGAGGAACAAGAUAAGCUUUGGGGUGGUGCCACUGCCACUGGUGAUAAGUGCAUCUCUCCUGCCAUAGCUGAUGUUGAUGACAGUAGCACUCCACAGCCUGUUCAGACUGAUUUGGAGCAUGGACCAGAGGAUUUCUCAACAGGGUCCUCUCCGGUGAAGACCACAACAGUAAAUGAGCCAUCAGGUUCUACUUCCAGAACUCGCAAGAGGAAGAAUAAACCCGUUGAAGAUGUGAUUAAGUUUAAGGCAUUGUGCUUGGAUUUGAAGACCACUAGCACAGAACAACAUGAGUAUUUUGCUAGCAAGAAGGUGUAUUAUGACAAGAUGACUAUGGAGCUUGAUGCUGUGAACACUUAUGAUCAAUGUGUGAAGGCGUUGGAUAUGGAAGACCAUAGUGACAGUAGUGAUGAUAUGAUUGACACAUUGCAGCUUCAAGUCCUUGCGGUAGCAAUGCAUUAUGAGAUGGGAACAAGUUCCACAAACAAUUAUUCUGGUAGAGGUAGUGUUCCAUGUCGGACUUGUAAGUUGACAAGAUACGAUUGGGUGGUUGAUGUCUUGAAUGGUAACCCAGUUCGAUGUCAAGAGUCCUUUAGAAUGUCUGUCAAUAUUUUUAAGAGAUUAUGCAGGGUACUUAGGGAUGAUUAUGGACUAGAAUGCUCCAAUAAAGUUGGGAUUACUGAGAUGGUUGCAAUGUUUGUCUUCAUACUCGGACAUGCAUAGUCAAACCGUGAUAUUGGGGAGCGUUUUCAACACUCUGGAGAGACCAUUAGUCGCCUAUUUCAUAAGGUGUUGCAAGCGGUUAUGAAGAUGUCCAAGGAGGUAAUUAAACCAAGAGAGGAUCAGUUGAACGAAACACCAACUUACAUUAGGGAGCAUCCAAAAGUAUGUUAUUGCAUAUGUUUCAAGGACUGCAUUGGGGCACUAGAUGGGACACAUAUUCUGACUGUUGUCACUCCCGAGAAGAGACAAAGGUAUACUGGGCGAAAAGGAGUCCCAACGUAGAAUGUGUUGGUAGUGUGCGACUUUGACAUGUUGUAUACCUAUGUUUCAGUUGGCUGGGAGGGAUCCGCACAUGAUAGUCAGAUUUUGGAACAUUCCUUGCGUCGAGAGAUUCUAAAGUUUCCAAAACCACCUCCAGGUAAGUAUUAUUUGGUGGACGUCAGAUAUGCAAACAAGACUAGCACCAUACAAAGGUGAAAGGUACCAUGUUCAUGUAUUCCAGAAUGGGGCCCCCGCAACUGGACAUCGUGAGGUUUUCAACAAGGCACAUGCCAAGCUUAAAAAUGUCAUCGAACGGACAUUUGGAGUUACCAAGAAGAAGUGGCGGAUUUUGGGGUCCAUGACUUCAUUUCAUACCAAGAUACAAGCAAAGAUUGUGAUAGCGUGCAUGACCCUUCACAAUUUUAUUAAACUCAAUGCUGACCUUGAUUCUGAUUUUAAUGAAAUUGAAUCAACGCUUGUGGUCGAAGAUGAUAUUAUGCCCGAUGUUGUCAUAGAAGAUGGGGUAGAGGAUGAAGAUGACAAUUUACUCAUUGACGACGCCAACAUGGCACAGUUUCGGGACAUGGUUGCACAACAACUCAUGACUAUAUGAUGCAUAUUUAUUUUCAUUUAUCAAAAAUGUAUGAACUUAAUUGAAUUUCUUCCAUAUUUUGGUAAUAUGGAAUAUUAUGGAACUCUUCUAUUUAAUUAUUUAUA